GAUCAAGAGGCAGACGGAAGUGGCUUUGCUCGUGCCUCAGGAGGGGGACCCAGAAGACUGGGCUUUCCAGCCAUCGCAGGCCCCUUUUUUGACAUGGAGGAGCCAAGUGCCAAGAUCCUGACGCUGGAGACGUUUCGUGUAGAGCAGGUUCCGCCAACUGUCUAUUAUGUUCCAAACUUCAUCUCGAAGUCGGAGGAGACCUAUCUGCUGCACCAGGUUUAUGCUGCCCCCAAACCCAAGUGGACCCAGCUGUCUGGAAGAAAGCUGCAGAACUGGGGAGGGCUGCCCCAUGCCAAAGGGAUGGUACCGGAGAAGCUGCCCGCCUGGCUGCAGUGCUAUGCCGAGAAGAUCUCCUCCCUCGGAGCGUUUGGAGGGAAGCUGGCGAACCACGUGCUGGUGAAUGAGUACCUCCCGGGGCAGGGGAUCAUGCCUCAUGAAGAUGGACCUCUGUACUUCCCCACCGUCACCACCAUCAGCCUGGGAUCACACACGCUGCUGGACUUCUACCAUCCCGUCAGCAGGGGGCAGCACGCGGACAGCGAGCAGGUCCCCGCGCCCCAGACAGAGGAGCAGCGCCACUUCCUGUCCCUGCUGCUGGAGCCCUGCAGCCUCCUGGUCCUGCGGGAGGACAUGUACGUCCGUUACCUGCACGGGAUCCGACCCGCCACCUCCGACGCCAUCACGGAGAAAAUGGCCAACGUGGCGGCCUGCAGCGCGGCGCUCGGGGAUGAGCUGCGCCGGGGAACCCGGGUGUCGCUCACCAUCCGCCACGUCCCCAAGGUGCUGAAAACGGCCAUUUUCCUGGGCAGGGGGAAGUGAGGGGAGGAGUUUGCUUCCCUCCCUCCCGCCCAGGCUCUUGCCUGAGAACGGUGCUGUGAAACGUGCAAUUAACGAGGGGGUAGGGAGGCCCGGACAUGGAAGGCUGCGGAGACCCCGUUCUCCCAGCGCGCCGCAGGAUGGGAAGAGCCGAGCCCAAGAGCGUCUCACCCGCACGGGAGGAGAAGAGCAGCCUCUGGGGUCAUCUGUACGAAGGCGCAGAGACUUGGACCGGAUGCAGCAUGGUCUAGUGGUUAGAGCGAGAGGCCAGGGUGUCAGGACUCCUGGGUUCUAUUCCUGGCUCUGGGAGGGGAGUGCGGGGCCUAGUGGUUAGAGCAGGGGAUAGGAAGCCAGGACUCCUGGCUUCCUACUCCCCACUCUUGCUCCUGCUUCACUGUGUGACCUUAAGGGACUCUCCCUCCACCUCCCAGUGCCUUAGUUUCCCUGGCUGUGACACGGCAGGAGUUCUAUCCGUUGGCAAAGCACCCUGAGCACUUCAGAAGCGUGCGGCGGGCUCGCCUGCUCCUACCUGUGUUCAAACCCAUUCAUUUAAACGUGGUGAACUCUAAUAAAGGCAGGGGCGGGUCAUUCCACCUCGCUGGUGGCUCCUUGCUGCUGCUUGA